AUGCCCCUGUCCUUUCGUCACCACCUGCACCAUUCUCUUCUGACGCACACAGCAGGUCCGGGGAGCAAACUCUGUUCAGCGGAAACCACUCUCGUUCGAAAAAUGCAGAUCUUUGUGAAGACCCUCACGGGUAAGACGAUUACUCUUGAGGUCGAGGCCUCUGAUAACAUCGCGAAUGUGAAGACUAAGAUCCAGGACAAAGAGGGCAUUCCUCCCGACCAGCAGCGUCUCAUCUUCGCUGGCAAGCAGCUCGAGGAUGAUCGCACUCUGUCAGACUACAACAUCCAGAAGGAAUCGACUCUUCACCUUGUGUUGCGUCUUCGCGGUGGUCUGAUCGAGCCGACUUUGGCAGCCCUCGCUCGUGCCACCAACUGCGACCGUAUGGUGUGCCGUAAGUGCUAUGCGCGACUCCCGCCGAAGGCUGUGAACUGCAGGAAGAAGAAGUGCGGACACAGCAACCAGCUGCGCAUCAAGAAGAAGAUUAAGCCUUAA